AUGAGAGAAGAGAACCCAUCAGAAAGCAGAGCAAGAUCGAUCAAGUUUUCUGACCAAAAUCAGAUACCAAAGUGCCAGAAUGUGAAGGGCAAUAGCAACGCUUCAAAGUUAAGGUCUGCUUCUUCAUGGGGUUCUCAUAUUGUGAAAGGGCUUGCAGGAGACAAGAAGACCAAGGUUCAACCCACAGUGACAAACAAGAAACCGCCGCUAAUGGGCUCUGAUAUGGCGAACCAGAAGAACUCAAUUGUGCCUUCUCAUCCACGGGUCAAGCGUUCGCUCAUUGGAGACUUGUCAUGCUCAGUCAAUGGUAAUCAAGUUCAUCCUCAAAUGCAUCCCACCCACCGGAGACAGUCCUCUAGGGACUUAUUUAUUGAGCUUGAUCAUUUGAGAAACUUACUUCGAGAAUCUAAGGAAAGAGAGUUCCAGUUGCAAGCUGAGUUAUCGGAGUGUAAGCGAAACCCAAAAGUUUUAGACCUUGAGAGGGAGCUUGAGGUGAAAAGGAUUGAGCUUGAUGGUCUAGCUCGAAAAGUUGAGUUGCUGGAAGAAGAAAAAACUAGUCUCUCUGAGCAAUUAUCAGCAUUAACAUCGAUUUUGGACAGGAAUGAAGGAGUGACAUUGAAAAAAGAAGAACAAGAAAGUUCAGUGGCAUCAGCAUCAGGGAGUGUGGAAAUGGAGGUUGUGGAGUUGAGGCGCCUGAACAAGGAGCUACAGCUUCAGAAGAGAAAUCUUGCUUGCAAGCUUUCUUCUGUGACAUCCCAGUUGGCUUCUCUAGCAAAGGCUUCUGAGAAUGACAUUGUUGAGAAGAUCAAAGCUGAGGCAUCUGCGCUAAGACAUACAAAUGAAGAUUUGUGUAAACAAGUUGAAGGUUUACAAAUGAGCAGGUUGAAUGAGGUUGAGGAGCUAGCCUACCUGAGGUGGGUGAAUUCGUGUUUACGAAAUGAGUUGCAGAACUCCAAUUCAUGCUCCACAACAAAUUCUGAUAAGCCAUUAAGCCCCGGUUCGUUUGAGAGGAGUAGUAAAUCUGCUGGAGCAUUGCCAUCUAGAAGCAGCGAGUAUUUAGAAUACGGUAGUGUAAAGAGAUUGAAUCUAAUAAAAAAACUAAAGAAAUGGCCUAUUGCUGAUGAGGACCUGCCCAACCUAGAAUGCCCAGAUGGUCUCUUGGAUAAAAGUUGGGUUGAUUCAGAGGAAGGUAGAAGUCCUAGAAGAAGACACUCAAUAAGUGGAUCUAAAUGCUGUGCAGAAGAGUUGGUGCAGAGUAAUAAGAGAAGGCAAUCUGAUGGUUUUAUGUGUGCUCAAGAAAUGGAGAAGGAUACAGAGCCAGUAGCUUCAGAAAAUUUUGAUUUAUUCUUCGGAAAUUGUCAUGAAAUUAACAAAAUUCCAGCUUCAUUAGAUGUGGAGAAAAGGGCCUUGAGAAUUCCAAAUCCCCCUCCAAGGCCUUCAUGUUCCAUUUCUAGUGGAACCAAAGUGGAUGGUUCUGCCCAAGUUCCACCGCCGCCGCCUCCACCACCCCCGCCACCUCCUCCCCAGUUUGCAAUGAAGACUAGUACCACAGGAAUGGUACAAAGAGCCCCACAAGUAGUUGAGUUUUAUCAUUCACUCAUGAAGAGAGAUUCUAGGAAGGAUUCUUCAAAUGGAGGAGUUUGUGAUGGCCCAGAUGUUGCAAAUGUUCGUAGUAGCAUGAUUGGAGAAAUUGAGAACCGAUCAUCACAUUUGCUUGCCAUAAAGGCAGAUGUUGAGACUCAAGGAGAAUUUGUGAAUUCGUUGAUCAGAGAGGUGAACAACGCAGUUUAUCAAAACAUUGACGAUGUUGUGGCCUUUGUGAAGUGGCUCGAUGAUGAACUUUGCUUUCUUGUGGAUGAGAGGGCAGUCCUAAAGCAUUUUGAUUGGCCAGAAAAGAAAGCCGACACACUGCGAGAAGCAGCAUUCGGUUAUAGAGAUCUCAAGAAAUUGGAGUCUGAAGUGUCUUCAUACAAGGAAGAUAUAAGACUGCCUUGUGAUAUUGCACUAAAGAAAAUGGUCUCAUUGUCUGAGAAGAUGGAGCGUACUGUUUAUAACCUUCUCCGGAUAAGGGAGCCCUUGAUGCGUCAUUGCAAGGAGUUUCAGAUACCCACAGACUGGAUGCUUGACAAUGGAAUUUUAAGCAAGAUAAAGUUUGGCUCAGUCAAGUUGGCAAAGAUGUACAUGAAGAGGGUGGCUAUGGAACUUCAGUCAAAGGCGGCAGCGGAGAAAGAUCCUGCUAUGGAUUACAUGCUGCUUCAGGGAGUGAGAUUUGCUUUCAGAAUUCAUCAGUUUGCAGGGGGAUUCGACGCAGACACAAUGCAUGCAUUCGAGGAACUUCGUUACCUUGCUCAUCUUCUUAACAAAAAGUAAAGAGGGAAAGGUGGUGGAAGGGGAAGGAUUUAACAGAACAUUUUUGGCUUACCAUCUCAGUAAGCUUCAUACGGGAAACGUAUAAUACAUUCCGUAGAAAGCAAUCUGGCCAGACAACGUGUUUUGUUUUGGUGUAGUUUUGAGUUUGGCUGUUAAUGAGCUUGGUGUGAGAAAUAGCAAAGGAUUUAGGUUUGGGUUAAUACUUAAAAUUACAAGAAGUGAAAUGAUAUGUUACAUGUAUUGCAACGCUUCUUGUAAUAUGUAAGUUCAGAAUUAUACAAACUUUUAAUCCUUCAAAUCCCACAAACUUUUAAUCAAGAACGGCUCAUUGGGUAUCCAGUAAAAAAAUC